CCAGCUUGGUCAGGCUGGCCCCUGUGUGAUUAACUGAGUGUGUGUGGAAACACUAAAAAGAGGAGGAGGAGGAAAGAAAGAAAGGAAGAGGAUUAAGAAGAGGGAAGAGAGCAUUAGGGGAUGGUAAUGAAUUAUUCUGGCCUGGAUUGGGACUUUUGCACCAACAAAAAGUGUUUAUAUAACAGCACAGGCAUCCUUUCCCAGCCAGAUAAAGGACUCCUGAAGAGAUGUGUAGGUGUCUGCUUCCCGGUCCUAGUUCCAUUCUGGGUGCAGGGCGCAGACCCCCAAAGUAGAAGAAGGACUGAUUUCUAGGUAGCCAGCCUGUAUGCCUUUCUCUGGAGGACUAAACUUGAUUUUUUUCAUCUGGGACGUCCCAAGGCAGCUGCCUCCAGUCUUUAGACAAGAUUCUUUUUCCAGUUUUCCUGGCUGACUCCUUCAAGCAGGGUCACCAGUCUCCGACUCCGAAGUCGCACUACCCCACCCUGCACCCUAUCCUUCUCCCCACCCCGAUCUCCGCCCCCUUCCCUGCCCCCGCCCACGGACCCAUCUCGUGGGGUCCCUGCUUUGUAGUUGUCUGCAUGGGCUCCCGCUGCACCUUUGGGGAGGAAGAACCAUGCCCAUGAAGAGGACGGCUAAGGUCCCUGAGCGGGAGGGUUCCUUCCUGCAGGGGCAGCCUUCCCCAAAAGUUUCUCCGGGGAUCCAAGAAGAGGGAUGCUAUGUAGAGCUGUUGGCCAAGGGCUUGCUCGCGUAUCCGGAGGAAGGACAGCUGGUGAACUCCCGGGGCAUCAGGGAGGAAGUAGAGGAGCCGGGGCUGUCCGUGGGAAUCAAAGCAGAAAUGCACCUCAGCAACGAUCACCUUUCUUCCUCAUCCGAAGAGGAUGUGGAUAUCCAAGAUAAUAAAAUCAGAGCACCUGACACACAUCUGUCCCAGAAGAAAACCAUCACCCAGAUCAUGAAAGAUAAAAAGAAACAGACUCAGCUCACUCUACAGUGGCUUGAAGAAAAUUACAUUGUAUGUGAAGGUGUGUGCUUACCACGGUGUAUCCUCUACGCACACUAUUUAGAUUUCUGCAGGAAAGAGAAAUUGGAGCCUGCUUGUGCAGCCACUUUUGGAAAGACUAUUCGCCAGAAAUUUCCUCUGCUUACCACACGGCGACUUGGGACCAGAGGCCAUUCAAAGUAUCACUAUUAUGGGAUUGGCAUCAAAGAAAGCAGUGCAUAUUAUCACUCUGUCUACUCUGGGAAGGGUCUGACAAGGUUUUCUGGAAGCAAGCUGAAGAAUGAGGGUGGUUUCACUCGGAAAUAUUCACUCAGCUCAAAAACUGGGACACUUCUUCCAGAGUUCCCCAGUGCACAACACCUUGUGUACCAAGGAUGCAUUUCUAAAGACAAGGUAGAUACUCUCAUUAUGAUGUACAAAACUCACUGCCAGUGUGUUCUGGAUAAUGCAAUCAAUGGAAACUUUGAAGAGAUCCAGCAUUUCUUACUACAUUUUUGGCAAGGAAUGCCUGAUCACCUUCUUCCACUGCUUGAAAAUCCUGUUAUCAUAGACAUUUUCUGUGUUUGUGACUCAAUUCUUUAUAAGGUCCUAACAGAUGUCCUCAUUCCUGCAACAAUGCAAGAAAUGCCUGAAAGUUUAUUAGCAGACAUUAGAAAUUUUGCUAAAAAUUGGGAACAGUGGGUUGUUUCAUCCUUGGAAAACCUUCCUGAAGCCCUAACAGAUAAGAAACUACCUAUUGUACGGAGAUUUGUAUCUUCCUUAAAACGACAAACAUCCUUCUUACAUCUUGCUCAGAUUGCUAGACCAGCCCUUUUUGACCAGCAUGUUGUGAACUCUAUGGUGUCUGACAUUGAAAAGGUUGAUCUGAAUAGCAUUGGCUCUCAGGCAUUUCUCACUGUUUCUGGCAGCACCGAUCCUGAAUCCGAAGUCUACACGGAAUAUGACUCUAUUACAGUGUUCCAAGAACUGAAGGAUUUGCUAAAGAAGAAUGCCACCGUGGAGUCAUUUAUUGAAUGGCUGGAUACUGUGGUAGAGCAAAGGGUCAUUAAGACCAGCAAGCAAAAUGGCAGAUCCUUAAAGAAGAGGGCUCAAGAUUUCCUGUUGAAAUGGAGCUUCUUUGGGGCUCGAGUCAUGCAUAACCUGACCUUGAACAACGCCUCCAGCUUUGGUUCUUUUCAUUUGAUCCGAAUGCUUUUGGACGAAUAUAUUCUACUAGCCAUGGAGACACAGUUUAACAAUGACAAAGAGCAAGAGUUGCAGAAUUUAUUGGAAAAGUAUAUGAAGAAUUCAGAUGCAAGCAAAGCUGCCUUCACUGCAUCACCAAGCUCUUGCUUUCUGGCCAACCGAAAUAAAGGGAGCAAUGUUUCUAGUGAUGCAUCAGUUAAGAAUGAAUGUCUUGCUGAGGCAAAUUAUGUUUCUCUGCCCUCCAACCAGCCUGGUGUCUUGCCUUCUGCUUUACAUUCUUUCUCUCCCGGGGAUACAGAAACUAUGCAGCUUACAGGUCCAGUAGAGCUAUCUCAGAGUACUGGUCACUUGGUGACACCACCCAUUUCUCCAGCCAUGGUCAGCAGAGGAAGUGUCAUCAACCAGGGGCCAAUGGCUGGGAGACCACCCAGUGUUGGUCAGGUGUUAUCUGCUCAGUCUCACUGCUCAUCAUACCCAGAGCCCCUGUACCAGACUCUCUCACAAUCGAACCAGAACUAUUAUGGGACCAGCCCCAACUACCAGACCAUGUUCCGAGCCCAGACUCACACACCAGCAGGAAUCUAUCACCACAGGGCUGAACACAGUCGGUUUAUGGCCCUGAGUGAACAACAGCUUUCUAGAGACUAUUUCAGUAACAGCUGUGCUGUAUCUCCAUACAAUACCAGGUCACCUUCAAACUAUGGACCAUCCUCAACCAUGCAGGAUGCACACAGUAUGCAGUUUCUAAAUAAUGGAAGUUUCAAUUUCCUGAGUAAUACAGGGGCAAAUGGCUGCCAAGGAUCUUCAUAUCCUCCUAAUGCACCUAACGGAUAUUAUGGAAGCAAUGUAAACUACACAGAGUCUCAUAGGCUUGGAUCAAUGGUUGACCAGCAUGUGUCUGUCAUCAGCAGUGUAAGCAGCAUUCGCUCAUUGCCCCCAUAUAAUGACAUCCAUGAUCCCCUGAACAUCUUAGAUGACAGUAGUCGAAAACAAGCAAGUUCAUAUUAUACAGACACAUCUUCUUCAGUUGGCUGUCGGACUCCAACAAUAGCCUCCAACAUGUCAACAGUAAUUCCAGCGUCUUCAUCUCAGUGUAUGUUUGGAACUUCUAAUCAAUACCCAGCUCAGGAAUCUCUGGAAUCCCAGGGAACGAAUAGUAGAGAAAUAGUGUCAUCUUUGCCACCAAUCAAUACUGUCUUUAUGGGAACGGCAGCUGGAGGGACCUAGACCAGAAAAUGUGGUGGGUUCAUUUUAAGAACAUUCUCGACUCCACUGGUCCAAAGACCAUUAUUCCCUCAGCUUUCUAAGCGAGGAGAGAAAAUAGACUCUGCUGUAGCCGGACACUAUUCUUGAAGUCACUUCACUGAGAAGCAAUAACAAAAGACUGGACAAUCUACCUACUCAUCAGAAAACAGACACCUUGCAAAGAGAACAUUGCACAUGAAUCAUUUCAUAUGACUUCUUAUUAACAGUUGUAGCUUCAAGCUUCGACAAAAUAAUAGAAUUCGUAGGGAUUUGGAAAAAAAUGUCCAUUAUGGAGAAUUGACAUUUCCCUUCCUAACUUAUUGAAAAUGUAUAUGCUGCCACUGUUUUGUCUUUUCUUUCUCUUCCUCAUUCUCCUUUAUUUUUUCAGAGAGGAAAAGUUUAUUUAAUGCCUAUACACUAUCCUUUAUUUAUUAGAAUCAGAGAAUCACUGUUUACGAUCUUUUAUUUGACAAAUAGUCAAAUGUAUGUGUUCUACCUCCUAUGGAAAUGUUUACAAAGUUGAGUCUUGAUUCAAUUCAGCCUAUGCCAAAGUUGCUUGACUUUCAAAUUUCUCUUGUGCUUUUAGUAGGUUGGUUUCUGUUACAUAAGAGUGGCUUUAUCUAUGUAACUAUCUAAGAGACCAGUGCUUUCUACAUGUUUAUAUGAAAUGAAAAGAUGAGGAGAAAUAAAAUAGGGGAAUGUAAGGAAAUAUUUCAAAAGUUGAAAUGUUUUGAUAUGCUCAUUCUGUUUGCUGUCAUGGAUGGUACCAUUUUUAGACAAUGCAGCUGUGGGUUAUUUUAGCAAACAGAUGUGCUCAAUGGCUAGAAUUUAUUCUGUAGUAUGUAAAGUAGAACAUGAGAAGCAUUUGAAAAGUUCUAUGGAAAAUUCAAGGAAAGGAAAAUAAGGCCAACCAAUGCUGUCUGCCUUAAGCAACCAUCUGUAAGUUGGAGCCAACAUACAUGAAGUAGGUGUGAUAGAAACUUAUGAAAUUAGUUAAUAUUUGGAGUAAUUUCUAAUGGAGAAGGGUGUGGGGGCAUGCAAACAAAGGUUAACUCAAAAUUUGUUAAAAACAAUUUUACUUAUCUCGUUAUUUAUAAUUGUUAAACAAUUUGAUACACAAUUUACAUGAUUUCAUUUAUUUUCCUUUUCUAUAUGUCUUGGUAUAAAAGGCAGGCUCUGUAAUUGGUAGAAUCUGUUGAGAAACUCCCAUUAACCUUAUAGUCUUCUGAUCUUUUCUGCCAAAUCUUUUUAUAGAGCAGUGAACCCUGUCUUAUAUUAACUAUGAAAAGGAUGAACACAAAAUAUAAGUUCCAGGAAUGUAACAAGCAUUUCUAACAACUCAAAAUGUUAAUUUAAAAUUAAGUUUUAAUUUGUAUUGAGUCAGGUUGUGCCUUAUCAUUUUUGCGGGGAGAGUAGUUUCAGACAUGAGGUUUCCUCAGUGUGAGAGAGCUCCUGGUAUGGAAAAACCCAUCUACUUAUGCAGGCCAGUCUGUAACUAGUCUUAGAGAAUUGCCUGGAAUAGAAAAAGGUUAAAUGACACUUUUAAAUAAGUGAUUGUAUGCACAGUGUCAGGACUUGAACCUAGGUCUUCCUGCCUUCAAGACUAGACCUUUAUCCACUGACCAACUUUGCCUCAUAAAUAAAAUUCUAAUUAUCAAUUUAUACUAAUCAACAAGCAUUUAUUGAGGGUCUACGCUGUGCUCAGCAUCAAGUAUGAGGCAUGAUCUCUUUUUCCUCUUUUCCCCAAAGAAAUUCACAGUCUACAUAAAAAAGAUAAGAUGAGAAUGUAGCAUAAUAGUGGAAAGGACCAAAGAUUAAUUAUUUUGUCACUUAGCUGUGUGACUUUGGACACUUAACUUUCCUAUGUCUUAGUUUUCUCAUCCAUAAAUUGAGAAAAUUGAACUAGAUUAUAUCUAAAGUCCCCCAAAUCUGUGAGUCUAUGAAACUAAUAUAGACAAGAAAAAGACAAAUACAAUUAAGUGAUUAGAACCUGCAAUAUAGUCUCUUAAGCAAUGUAGGAAUUCAGAGGAAGAGGGAGAUAAGGGAAGACAAAAGUAGUUAGGGAAAGCUUUCUGAAACAUACAUCCCUUGAACUGGAUUGAAAGUCAGCCAUUCAGCACAUUAAAUGCUAACAUUUUAUUGAUGUCUUCUGGAGUAGUUAUCAUGGGAUAUGGUUCUUCCUUCACUUCAAAGAGGACCAAUGCAAUGGAUUUAAAUGAGGUGAAGUUAUACAAAGUUAUCAACCUCACGCUCUCUUCCAGAGUCAUUGAAGUAUAGUGGCAAGAGAAGUCAGGACAACUGUCAAUGACCUGGGAUACAGUGGAUGACCUUAGUGUCUUUGAUGUCUGACCAAGCUCUAAGUACUCUGCAGCUAAUGCUUCAUUUGCCUUCGUGGCUGUUGGAACAAAUUGUUCUCAUUUGCCCAUUCCACUAGAGGAUGUCUUCACAUGCUUGAGGUAGACAUUCCCCAAACUCACCAAAGGGUCUGAGGCCUUUCAGUUACCCUCAACCUGGUUUAGGCUGUUUACCAAGAUGGUUUUUACCAGGGUAUAUCCAGAAUACAAAGAUAAAAAUAAAAUAAUUCUUACUUUCCAGAAGCUUAUGUUCUACAUAGGGGAAACAACAUCAAAAUAAAUGUAUUCAAAGUAAUUUCAGGCUGCAGUAUUAGGGAGAGGAUGGGGGCUUUAAAAGGACUUAUGUAGGAGGGAGCAGUUGAAUUGAGCUUUCUCAAUUGUAGAAUUGUAGAUUCUAGGAGUUCUAUAAGACAUAAGUAAGUAGGGAGAGAAUUGUAGCCUUGGAGGGACAACCUGUUCAAAAGGCACAGAAGUUUAGAGAUGGAGUAUUAGGAGGGUAAAGUACCUGAGGGGGAAUAAUAAAAAAUGAGUCUAUCAAAAUAGGUUAGAGCUAGCUUACAAUAGGAUUUCAAUGCCAAACAGAGGAAUAUAAACUUUGUCCCAAUGUCAUUAGAGAGCCACUGAGCUUUUUGAUUAAGAGGGUGAUAUGGUUACGUCUAUGUUUUAGGAAUAUCAAUUUGGUAACUGAGGAAGAUGGAUCUAAGAGAACAGAGACUGGAGAGAGGGAGAACCAUUAGGAGGUUAUCAGAGUAGUCCAGUUGAGAGAUAUUUAGGAUCUAGAUUAGAAGAGUGACUGUGUUAAUGGACAGAAGAUGAUGGAUGGGAGAGAUCUGAAGAUAGAAUUAAUAAGACUCAAAUAGUGAUUGGUUAUGGGGAAUAAGACAAAAGAAGAACUGAGGAGAACUAGGGGAUUUUGAAUCUAGAUAACUGUAAGGAUGAUGAUAUCAUCCACAGAAAUUGGGAAAUUAAGAGAAUGCAUUAGUUUAGGGUGAAAGCUAAUCCUUCCUUCCUUCCUUCCUUCCUUCCUUCCUUCCUUCCUUCCUUCCUUCCUUCCUUCCUUCCUUCCUUCCUUCCUUCCUUCCUUCCUUCCUUCCUGCCUUCCUGCCUUCCUUCCUGCCUUCCUGCCUUCCUUCCUUCUUUUCUUCCUUCCUACCUUCCUUCCUUCCUGCCUUCCUUCUUUCCACAUUAACUGCCUAGAACACCCUGCUGUAAAUGCUUGACUGAAUCUAAAGAAAAAUAUAGGUGCUAGAUAUGUAGAUAAAGGAAUAAUUUUCAUAGAGAUGAUCAUCAAAACCAUGGAAGAUGGUGCAAUGAGAGAGAAAGGAGCAGUGGGACAGGGAUGGUCUAGAAAAAUGGUCAACAGUGUCAAAUGCUGCAGAGUGGUCAAGAAGAAAGAGAAAAGUAAAGCACUGUGCUAGGACCUGGAGAUAUAAAGACAAAAUAGUAAGUCUCUGCCUCAAGGAGUCAUCAUUCUAUUGGAGUUUACUUUCAGUCAUGGUAGAUAACAUCAUGACAGAUAAUACACUCAGCAAUAUAUUCAUACAUAAACCUUUAUAUUGGUAGCACAUUUUGUGUGUGUACAUUUAUUAUAGAAGUAGCUCAGUGACACAUAUUGAGAACUGUUCUUGGGAUGAAAAACAAUUGGGUUCAAGUACUGUUUCAAGUAUUCACAUUCUUUCCAAGUAAAUGCUACCGUUGUUCAGUCAUUUCAAUUAUGUCUGACUGUGAGUCCAUUUGGAAUUUUCUAGGCAAAGACACAAGAGUGGUUCAUCAUUUUCUUCUGCUCAUUUUAUAGAUGAAGAAACUAAGGCAAACAGGAUAAAGUGACUUGUCCAGGGUCACACAGCUAAUAAGUGUCUAAGGUUAGAUUUGAACUCAGGAAUAUGUCUUCCUGACUCCAGGCCAUGUAUUCUAUCCACUGUGCCAAGUGAGUGACAAGCCAUUUAACCUCUCAGUGCUCCAAGCAAUAGCCCAGGACUAUAAAUUACACACUAUGUGCCAAUCUGCAGUGAUGGAAUUCUGCU